AUGGAUGAUUCUUCAUUGGGUAUAGAAUCAUCACAUAUACACUCUAGAUCAUCAAUUGAUAGUAAUAGCAUUAAUUUGAAUGAUGACUUAUUAACUGAAUCAAGUUCUGUUAGACUACAUAAAAGAUCAGGAUCGACAGCAUCCAUAAUAAGAAAUAGUAUUGAUGAUUCAUUUAUACUGUCGACUACUUUCCAACAAGAUGAAGAUAGUAGUAUAUAUUCUCCAUUGGGUCCAAACUCAAUAUAUGAAUUAAUUAUAGGAUCAGAUAUACAAAGAAAGAAGAAUAGAACUUCAACAAACUCAAUUACGUUAUUUGAUCAAGUUAUAAAUAAUAUAAAUAAACCAACAAUUAAAGAAAUUCCUCAAAUUCAAUUAAGCAAAUUACAACAGAAAGUUAGUUCACAAGAACUAGAAGAGAAAUAUUACAAUCCCAUCUUUAAAGAAUAUAAAAUUUUUGAAUCUUCAAAUGCUUUAACUUCAGAUGUUUUACAACAAUUAAAUCAUGAAAGUAAAUCAAUUAAAGAAAUUCCUGCAGUGUUCUUGAGUUCUGAUUUUGGAUUAGAUGAUCCAAGAAUAUUUAAAAAUGUAUUAAGGAGUUUUACAGACGAUGUUGAUUUAUCUACACUGUUGAAUGAUUCAAAUUUACAAGAAAAAUUAUCAAAUUAUUUAGAUAUUGUUGAAGUUAAUUUAGUUAAAGAAAUUGAACUGUCUAGUGAUUCAUUCUUUAAUGCAAUUGAUGAUAUUGAAAAUGUGUCAAAUAAAUCAAAAGAAGCAGUACAAUUAUAUCAAAAAAUACUUGAAAAAUUAAAUAAUCUACAAGAUUCAGCUACGCAGGGUGAUAAAAUAAUAAAGAAAAUUCAAGAAUUUAAAAAUGUAGAAAUACUAGAGGGUUCAAUUUUAAAAAUACAGAAUAUUGUGGAGACUUUUAAACAUGCUAAAAGUCUAUUUUCAUCAGAUUUGAAUUCUUGCAUUGAUGAAGUUUUAAAAGUUGAAUCAAUAAUUGAUUUUCAAUUACCUGCGUUCAUACAAUUACAGAAUGAUUUAACAAGUUUGAAAAAUGAAUGUGCAAGAGAAUUUACUGAACAAUUCAACCAACUAUUAAUACUGGAUUUAAGAGAUUAUUAUCAAAACACGCCUUUAGAAACAACAUUACGGAGACUAUAUACUCGAAAAUCACCUAAUACAAUGUAUUUAAAUGAUGACAUGAAACAGAAACUACAACAAUUGAUUAAUAAUUUAAUUAAAUCAGGUAAUUUAGUUCAAGCAUAUACAAUCUUUCAAAAUAAAUUCAUAACAGAGAUAAAAGACAUUAUAAAACGGAACCUACCCAAACUGGAAACAGAUCUCAGUAACAAUAUUAAAAUAUUAACACCAAAAGAAUUUGAAAAUAUAUUUAUGUUAACUUACGCAGAACUAUCUAAUUGUCUAAGAAGAUUAACAAUACAUCAAAAAAUCUUGUUAGAUUUAGCAUUGACCGAUGAGAUAGAUAUAAUGUCAUUAGAUAUCACAAAGGCAAUAUAUAAAGUUAUAGGAUUGACUCAAAUUAGAUUAAUGAAGGUAAUAUCAGUGAGAUCAGAACAAACUGCAGAUUUAUCAGUUCCUUAUUAUCUUAGGUUAUAUUCUAUAACAUCUUGUUAUUUGAAUGAAUGUGAGAUGAUUAAUCCAUCAUUUCAAGGUAAUGUAUUGGGUGAAUGGUUUAAUAAUCAUAUUACGUAUUUUAUACACCGAUUUCAUCUGAAUUCAAUUAAGGAAAUGACAAAUGAGGUAUUGAAAGAAACCUGGAAAAUAUGUGAAGAUAAACAAGAGCUUGGUUCAGCCCAACUAGUCAUCACCGAACUUAAACAAUCUUCCUUUUCUGAAUAUUUUAACUUUUAUCAACCGAAAGAGGAACAAGUUAUCGAAGUGGAUCAAAUAUCAAUAGAAGAAGAUUCAUUCCUACUCCCACAUCUAGCAGUUUCAAUACUUCCAAUCAUUAGAGAUUAUAUGAUCAUAUCCAAGACAUUUCCAAAUCAUGCGUCAUUAAAUAAUAUACUCAAUUUCUUCAAAGAUCUAAAUUUGAAAACAUCACAGGCUGUACUUGGGGCAGGUGCAACAAAAACAGCAGGAUUAAAACAUAUAACAACAAAGCACCUAGCAUUAUGUAUAAGAUUCAUUGAAUUUAUAAUCUCCGUCUUAAACAUCAUAAAUUUCGAUCCAUCAUUUUCCAAAAUAAUUCAAAAUUUUAAAGAUCAUGAAAGUGAACUAUUCAGUAAAAUAAUUAACAUCAUGAGAGAUCGAACAAUUAUUGGAUGUAAUAAGAUCCUAUCUAUUGACUGGUCAAUUUCAGGUCCUCAUAAAUACAUGGAAGAUUUAAUAAAAGACACCCUAACAGUAUCAAAAGUCUUGACUCGUUACUUGCCAAUUAUAGUCUAUUCAUACAUAUUAUCACAAAUUUUUGGAAAUUAUAAAAAAUUAUUCAUCGAGACUUGUUUAACUAAAUUACCCACAUUUCAGAAUGUAGUGGAGAAACAUAAUUUAUUAAAAGAUAUUGAUUUGUUUAGGGUCAAGUUAUGUGAUUUGCCUGGUUAUGGAAAUAGUGGACAAGUAAUAUGGGAAAAUAUAAAUGAUUUACAAACUCAAGAGGAUAAAUUAAUGGAUGAAAAGAUGAAAUUAAUUGAGAAUGAGAAUAAUAAGCCAAGGUUGAGUUUUGAAAGGUUACGAAAUGUUUAUCUGAGAGAAUCUACUAGGAGUCCUAAAUUGGAAAGUACGGAGAUUUUUAAUAGUGAAAAUGCUAGUGAUAUUUUAAUUAGUGAUUCUGUUAUGGUUACUGAUGAUUCUGUUGACGGAACACCUGUUCCGGAAUCAAAAGAUGGUAAGGAUGUUGAAGUUAAAGGUAAUGUUGAAAGAUUGGAAAGUAAAGAUGGUGAUAGUUUAUCUGAAAAUGGUAAGAAUGAAGAAAAGUCAGCAGUUGAUAGCGGAGUGAAGGCAAAAGAAACUGAUAAAGAUGCUGAUAAUGAAGAAUCAAAAGUGGAAAAUGAUAAAAUUGAAUCACAAGAUGCAAAUAAAAAUGAAGCAAGUGAAUCAAACAAACUUGAAAGUGAAGUAUUACAGUCAGAAUUAAAAGAAAAUAAUAAACCACCUCCUCAAUCAAGUAAGAGUGAAAUUCAAAAGCCAAUAGUAGAAUCAAAAGUAGAAAAUGAUGAAGAUUUACAAGAGUCAAUUAAAGUUGAGACUACUACUGAGUUAAAUAAACCAGAAAGUGAAGAUACAACAUCUAAGGUAAAAGAAGAUGAUGAAUCACAACCACCAGCUGAAGAAAUCAAAAUUGAAGAAGCAAAACCAGAAUCAAAAGAGGAAGAAAAAGAUAAUUUACAAUUUGAAUCAGCAGAGAAAGAUAAAGAACUAGUCUCUAAACCACAAGAAGAUAAUGGAGUCUCCACAGAACAACCAGUUAGUGAUACAACUGUGCCAAAAUCAGAAGUUGAAGAAGUAUCAAAAUCAAAAGAAGCAGAAAAUGAUCAAUCACAAUCUCGAUUAGAAGAAUCUACUACUCCAGAACCAAAAUCUGAACCAAUGGGACAAGAAGAGAAUGAAUUAGAAUCAAAAGCUGAAGAAGAAUCUGUAGGAGAACCAAAAAUUGAACAAAAGAUUGAACAAAAAGAACAAAAAAAUGAAGUCUCACAACCUCAAGUAAAAGAUAAACAAGAAUCUAAACCCGUAGAACAAGAAGAGAACGAGUUGAAAUCUAAAAGUGAAGAAAAAUUAACAAAACAACCAAGUUCUGAAUCUAAACCAGAAAAUGAAGUUCAAUCAUUUAAAUCACAACCACAAGAAGAUGAUAAACCAAAUUCCGAGUCAACAGAACAAGAAAAUAUAAAUGUUAAACCAGAAUUCACAGAAUCAGAAGCUAAAGCACCAAAUUCAUUAAAUUCAAAAUCAGAAGAACCAAAAAUUACAUCUACCGAACCAGAAUCAAUCGAAGAAGCAGCUUCAAAACCAACCAACGAUCAAUCAACUACAAAUACAGUAAAACAAAACAAUACUGAAGCAUCAAACUCUACAGAAUCAACAAAAAAUGGUGAAUCGACAUCCCAAAAUGGUAAACUUCAAUCAAUACACAAUGAAAACACCACAACAAACAACAACUCCAAAAAGAAGAAAAAGAAGAAUAACAAAAAGAAGAAUAAGAAAUGA